UAGUUUGUUUAUCUUUUCCUUCUUUUUUUUUUUGUUUUUUUUUUUUUGAAAAGUUAGCUUUGACAAUGAUGAGGGGCUUCUCGGUUAGAUCUGGAGUUGCCGUUUUUGCGGCAAGAGGUGCGGAUACAAAGUAGCGGCCGAUGGUGGAGGAGGAGGAGGCGCUGAUAGAGAAGUCGAUCGAGUGGAAAGGAAGGAAGGCAGCGGCAAUGGAGGAGAAAGGGAAAAAAGGGACGCCUAAGUAAAAACAUUGCAGCGAAAAGAUCAGAAGUUAAGAAAACAUAUAAUCGAAUAUGGAGAUGCCAGAUGUUAUAGCAGUUCCAUUUCCAUAUCAAGGUCACUUAAACCCUAUGCUUCAGUUUUGUUCUUCUUUAUCUGCUAGAGGCGUGAGAGUGACCUUAGUCCUCACACAUGGUGUAGCCAAAUCCAUGCAGCAAUCCACCCUUUCCCAGCCCUUCCACACCGUGGAGUGCGUUUCCGAUGGCACCGACGUCGGCAGCUUUCCGCGCAACUUUGAAGAACUUACUCGUUUGCCAACCGCGGUUUCCGAGGGGGUGUCGGCCAUAAUUCAGAACCAAAAAAAGGUUUCCGGCGGCUCUGCCGCCAAAGUUCUGGUGCACGAUGCGAUGAUGCCGUGGCUUGUGGAGGUAGGGCGAGCGGGUGGAUUGCGCGUGGCUUCUUUGUUUACUCAACCUGCUUCGCUUUGUGCUAUCUAUUACCAUAUGCUCCAUGGCCACGUGGUCGAACAACUCACUCAUUCUAUGCUGCGUUUACCUUCGUUGCCGGAAAUGGAGUUGAGAGAUCUGCCUUCCUUUUCCCAAUUCGCAGAUACUGCAAAACAAUUUGCAGAGCUUAGUUUCUGUCAAGCCUCAAACCUGCCCAAAGCUGACUGCUUUCUCAUAAACACAUUUGAUUCCCUGGAAGACCAGGUGGUGAAGUGGAUGGCGGAUAGAUGGUCAGUGAAGACUGUGGGACCCUUGGUUCCGAUUUUGCACAAGGAUAGAAUUGAUUUGUUUGAGUUAGACGGUGAAAGCUACGUACAAUGGCUAGAUAUAAGAGAAUCCAAGUCUGUGGUUUACCUGUCUUUUGGAAGCUCAGGGGUUUUUACAGAAGAGCAAAUGAAGGAAAUAGCAUGGGGGCUGGCUCAAUCCAACAAAUACUUCAUAUGGGUUGUCAGAGAAUCUCAACAAGUUAAACUCCCUAAAGAUUUUAAGUCCAAGACAUCAGAAAAAGGUAAAGGUGUUAUUGUGAAAUGGUGCCCUCAAGUUGAAGUUUUGUCACACAAGGCAAUUGCGUGCUUUAUGACACAUUGUGGAUGGAAUUCAACACUGGAAGCAUUAUGUUUGGGUGUGCCAAUGAUCUGCAUGCCCCAUUUUGUAGAUCAACCAACAAAUGCCAAACUGGUUGAAGAUGUUUGGAAGGUUGGGGUUCGAGUUAAGGCGAAUGAGAAGGGAAUUGUUACAAGACAAGAAGUUGAGAGUUGUAUAAAGCAAGUGAUGGAGGGAGAGAAAGUCCAGGAGUUCCAAAGAAAUGCCAUUAAAUGGAAAGGAUUAGCAAAAGAGGCAACAAGCGAUGGUGGAAGUUCUUAUGUGAACAUCAAUGAUUUUGUCUCACAAAUGACUUUUGUCAAAUCCCAUUUUAAUUAGUUACAACGUAACAUGCAUGCACACUUCAUCUUUUUAAGAUUUGGGGUUGAGAGGUUUAGAAUUUAGAAAUAAAUUUACCAAUUUUAUAUCCUUUUGUAUUUUUCUAGCUUACCUAGCUACCUGCUUGGUCGCUUCGUUUCUUUAAGAUUUAGGGUUGAAGUAAAUUCAGCUCAUUCAAAUAUAUAAUGCCUAUGUAUUUUCAAACGUGUUAUAAGUAUUUAGUUUGCAUAUAUAAUAUCUUUAAGAUUUGAGAUUGA